GGAAACCGCGUGACAACAAGAUGGCGCCGCGGGACUGCACAGUGGGCCUGCGUGGGAGUUCCUGACAGCUAGAGUCUAGAAGAACUAUGAGCUCACCUUUGGCCUCCCUUGGCAAGACCCGGAGAGUGCCCCUGCAGUCAGAGUCCGUGAAUUCAGGGAGGCGAGGGAUAAAACUCUAUGGAGACGAAAAUGAGGUGGACUUGCUGAAUGAUGGACAGGGCUCAGAAGAAAGGAUCUCCGUCCCUUCCUGCUAUGGCGGCAUAGGUGCCCCUGUGAGUAGGCAAGACCCCACGGCCCACAACUCAGAGCUGCUGGCCACCAUGACGAUGAAGGUGCGGGACCUGGAGCGGCAGGUGAAGGCUCAGACUGACGAGAUGCUGUCCAAGGAUCGGAAGAUCCGGGCCCUGGAGAAAAUGGUGGAGACCCUGCAGGAGAACGAGGAAGGUCAGGCGUCCCUGCAGCGGCAGGAGGAGCUGGAGACCAUGUGCAUGAAGCUGCAGCGGCAGGUCGGGGAGAUGGAGCGGUUCCUCGGUGACUAUGGCCUGCGCUGGGUGGGUGAGCCCACGGACCAGGAGGACUCGGAGGACAGCACAGGCUCAGAGGACGACAAGAGGGACUGGAUGAAGGCCAACAAGUUCUGGAAGCCAGGGGAUUCACUGGUCCCUGAGGUGGACUUUGACAGGCUGCUGGCUAGCCUGAAGGAUCUCAGUGAGCUGGUGGUAGACGAUGACACCCAAGAGACGCCAGUGCCCUGCGGAGCACAGCCCUGCGUCCUUGAGCCCAUCCCACUGAAGCUGUACCGGAACGGCAUCAUGAUGUUUGACGGGCCCUUCCGGCCGUUCCAUGAUCCUGCCACACAGCGCUGCCUCCGAGACAUAUUGGAUGGCUUCUUCCCCUCAGAGCUCCAGCGCCUGUACCCUGAUGGGGGCCCUUUUAAGGUGAGUGACCUGCGCAACCAGGUCUACCCAGAGAAUAGGCUGGACCCAUUUCCAGGCGAGGGCCGCGUGGUGGGCUGGCAGAGGAUUCGAAAGCCCUCAGUCACAAUGGAGCACCCAGGCUCCAAGAUGACUGCAGAGAGGUUUCUGAGCAGGCUCCCCAAGUAUGUGAUCCGUCAAGGCGAGGUGAUUGACAUCCGGGGCCCUAUCCGGGACACCCUGAAGAGCUGCUGCCCGUGGCCUGUCCCGGUCCAGGAGAUUGUGGUGGAGACACCUGCCCUGACUUCGGAGCGUAAGAGGAUCCAGGAGUCACCGGAGUCGCCUGCUCCCCGGCUCUCCAUGCUGCGCGUCAAGUCUGAGGACGGUGAGCAGGCCUUUCUGCUGCUGAUGCGGCCCGAGGACACUGUCGGUGAUGUGCAUGACCUGCUCGCACAGGCCAGGGCCCUGGACGCAAACACCUUCGAGAUCUUCCGUCCGUUCCCGCCCACAGUCUACGAGGACAACGCGCUCACGCUGCAGGCUGCAGGACUGGUGCCCAACGCAGUUCUGCUACUGCGUGCACGCCGCCAGGCUCUGCCACCUGCCCCCUGACCCAGCCCGGCCACCAAUCCCAAUAAAGCGCCCGCCCCUAACCAGCUGCUGCUCAGAGAGGCUCCUCUGUGGGGCAGCCCAGCUGGGCUCCAGGGAAGGCUGGGGCCCAGCUGGGCCGGGGAGGGGGCGGUGCUGACCCGCCCUCUCUGUAACUUGAGCCCCAGCUGGCAGGCCUAGGCGCUGGGUCUUUGUCUCCCAGGUUCCUCUUUCUCCCCAGAAGGGUUAAGCAGUUCCAGUGAAGGGGAGGCUGGCUCCAGCACUGGCUCAGCUGGGGCGGCAGAGCCUCAUGGGCCAGUGUGUAGCCAGCAGAUCCCCGUGCACAGAUAUGCACAGAACCACAAACAUGUGGGAAGCUUCCUUGACACUGUGCACAAAGCCACUGUCCCCAAACUGGCAGAACUGCAGCUGUGCACCGAUUCCCAUGACACACCCACACUUAGCCAAUUUGCUGGAACACAGGCAGGCAGCCACAUGGCCCAGCCACAUUACUGACAGACAUGCAAAUGUGUAGUACACGCCAAGGCAGAGAUGUAUCAUCACAUGCAUGUGAACUGGAAGGGGACCCACCCACACUGUUUGCAGAAACCAUUGGUCCACACAGACGUGUGCCGGACAUACAUCCAAACACAUGCACUAUCUCACGCAAGUGCCACACAGGGGACAGCUCAACCGACCUGCCCACAGGAGCACAGCCUCAGCAGACUUACAUCUACCAGCCUUGCUCAGAGCAGGAACUCAGGAUGUCUAGGCAACACCAAACAGACAAGGUGCCAAUGGAAUGGGACAUUUAAUCAUCUGUCGGGUGCUCUCAGGUUGGGGUCUGCGGGGCCUUUGGCAGAGCGCUGGCUAAUGGAACCAACAAAGGUGCCCAUCAGCCAGUGCCAGGCAGGGUGGCAGCCCCAGGGCCAGGCUGAGACAGCCAGCACUUGGGCUGUUGUUUAAGACAAUUUCUGAGACUACUGGGUAAGGAAUGUUGCCUCUGAAUGGAGGAGAGGGAAGAGGAGGAUAGGCUUUGGUUGGAGGGCAGGGCUUCAAGGUCAGAAGGUUAGGAAUAAAGGAGUUGGUCACAAGGUCCUUCAUGGCCCACAAUGGCUGGGGGCUGGGG